CUCUCUUGGUGCAGCUCUCUUUGAAGGGAGGAAAUCUGCAGCAUGCAGCAGCUGCACUAGCAGCAGGAUGAACUAAUUCAGUGUGAGGAGUUGAACUCCUCUGCACCGCUUCCUCUGUCUGUACACUCUCUGCAGGAGGAGUCUUCAUCUGACAACUCUCCUCCUCCUCCUCCACCUCCUGUCUCUCCCUCAGUCUCUCUCUGUCUGUCAUUUUCCACCUGUUGUUCUCUGAGAUGGAUCUCAGGACGGCUCUGGCCAUCUUCGCCCUCUUCCUCCAGGUUCAUGGUGAGUUUAUGAUCAUGUUAUUUCAUACUGACAGCUAACACACCGGCAGCUGUGACAGAGAAAGCAAAAUUCAAUACAUUCACAGUCAGAUAUAAGACCAAUAUGAGGCAAUCAGUGUGACUGCUGCUGAAGUGAAGAUGGAAACUUCCAUUUUAAACUCUGAGAAACAAAGAAGAAAAUUUUUUUUUUUCUUUCCUGAGAUGGGUGCGUAGGAGAGGAAUGUGUGAAAAAACAAAAAGACAUUUAUAAGUGUUGUUUUAGUGUGGAGACUUGGUUAUAAAUGUGUUUUGAUGGUUGGAUAGUCUACAAGAGCUCUAAUGUCAUCUUUAUUAAACCCAUAGAGUUAAACUGUGAAAACGCUCCUGAUGGUUAAGCUCAGAGUGUUGAGCUUACCAAAAACUCAAAACACUGUGUUGUUGUUACAAACAUUGGUCUGUAAAAUAAGCUCAAGUUUGGGUUUUGUUUCAUUUUGGCUGUGAGUAUCUAUCAUAUAUUUCACGAGAAGCUUUUAUCCUGUGUUAAAUUAACUGAUCAGCACCUACACUAGGAACAUUUUUAAGAUGGGGUUGUAUGAGUUAAAUGUAACUCACUCUUGCUGACUUUCUUCAACAUACUGGAGUUCAGUCAGAAAAACUGAAUGUCAGAUCGUCUUCAGAGUCAGAGUUCAGCUCUCAGUGUUUGUUUCAGCAUGAUGACACAACCUGUGAUUACAGGAUCUGUUCGCCUGAUCAGAAUACACUGAUUUAGCCGAUGAAGCUGAAAUAACAAACUCAUCCACAUUACUGUGACCAAAGGCCUCUGGUGUAAAACAUAAGGCAAAAAUUUGAUUAAUUUGCUUGUGGUUCUCCAUUUUGAGUCUGAUGAUUUUCAAUUGAGCAGGCCGAGGCACGGCUAGAAUGUUUUGGUUCUCCAUCCAGGCUUUAAUUGACCUUGUCGUGUGGUGAGGGGCAUUGUCUUGUCAGGAAAUCCAGUCAUUUGAGCCAGGAAAGAGUUUAUCAGCUGAUAGAAGAAGACUGUUUUUGAGAGUAGCCCUGGCCUCCUCCUAACCAGUAAGUUUGCUGGAGCGGGUAAGGCAUCAACUCAAAAUUGGAUUCAUCACUGAACAGAACCUUAGCCCAAUCAUCAGCAGUCCAAUCUUUGUGAUCCCUAGCAAAGAGUAACUAAGUCUUCCUCUGCCUGUCAUUGAUGAAGGGCUUUUUCCGUGCCCUGUGUGACUUUAGACUGGCUUCAAGAAGUCGAUUUUGAACUGUCCUUGCUAAACAAGUCACAUUUCUUGACAGCACCCACAAAUUUUAAGGUCCCAGGAGGUCUGACGACAGUUCCUGACACAGGAACGGAUGAGUGCACCGUAGGGCUGCAGGGUUAAUCAAUUUUAAAUCGUAAUCGGAUUAUUUGAUUACGACGAUGUUAAAAAAUUAAGAUUGUCAAAUCGAUUUUCCUCUCUAUCAUGUUUGCCCCUCCAGGCCACCGUAGACUCCCCCUUCCUGCAUGAGCACUCCCCAGUUCCCACACACACCAGUGUAAACAAACAUGGCAUUUGCAAAAGAAGGCAGAAAUUUUGUGGUUAAAUAUGACAUUAUCAAGUCAGUCUUGUGGACUUGGUAUGGCUUCGUAAUUUCGGAUGAAGAGCAAACCACUCCCCGCUGCAAAGUCUGUUUGAAGGCGGUAUCAACCCGUCCACACGGAAACAAAUUCAGGAGUAUAUGCAAAAGUUUUUUUGUCUUAUCGGUGUUUCUUUCAAACGGAAAACAGUAUUUCGGGUGACUGUAAAUGGUACUUUUUUAAAAUGGGUCAGAGAGUGAAUAAAUCCAUAAACAACUACCAUUUCAUCUCAGUGCGGAUGCCGUUCUGUAUCUCUCCAUACGAUUAUGUGACACACAGAGUAACUCUUUUAUGGCGCCUGUGCGUGUCUGGCCAAAACAACCUUUAUAAGUAUGCUCUUUACUCUUUUUCUGUCUCUUCUGUCAGUGGUUAAAUUUUAAGAGAUAAUAGAACAACUUAUGAAAGUAAAGUCUGGUGAAGUUGUCACUGAAAAAAAAAAUAAAAAAUCGAGUUUUCAGAGAAAAAAUCAGAUUUUAUUUUGGGCUAAAAUCGUGCAGCCCUAGUGUACGAUCCUCUCGUGGGGUGGAGAGACGUUCCCUGCCUUGACCAGCUAGCAAUUUGGUAGUACCAUGUUUGGCUUGCUUUUUCUUAGUGUCAUGAACAGCUGUCUUGGAGAUCUUUAGUUUUUUGGAUUCCUGUCUCUCACUCAUGCCCAUUUCCAGCAUUGCAAAGAUGGCUGCCUUUGUGGCUUCACUCAACUCUUUUGUUUUGGGCAUUAUGUUAGAGCUUCUGAGUUGUGCUAUGGCUUGAAUGUAAGCGAUAAACAACUCUCGGCCUUUGUGCGGUGCUGCUAAUGACAUGAAAUGGCCUCAUAUAUACCCUGGGAAUUCAAGUAAGCUUAAGCGUGUCAAAUAGGACAUGAAAAAUCAUGGAAUCAGCUGCAUUUUUAGUUACAUUCAUUGUAUUCUUCAGGUAAUACAGCCUUAGUGGUAUCAGGCAUUAAAAUGAACAAGAAAUUAAAGAAAACAAGGGUGGUCUAAUAAUUUUUUCCAUGACUGUAUUUACAAACUAGGACUAAUUAGGUUUUUAGUUCGUAACAAAAAUGUCAAACAUUAAACUGACAUCACCCGUCAGCAGGUUGUCUUUGCCGCUGGCAUGAAUCAGGAUCAAAAUGAGGCAGAUGCACAAACACAGAGGGGAUUUAUACCUGCAGCACAGUUAAUGCAGGUCAGUUUAAUAGAAAUGAACUCUGCUACCCUCUGCUAACUGGAUUAUAAGUAUCUCACAGUCCAUUACUGGCAUUUCUGUCUCGUCUCAUUGAUGAAAACUAAACUUGUAUUUUUCAGGGUUUAUUAUUGUCAGUGAUGUAAUUUUAGCUCACUGUCUUCAUCUGGUCAUUUACAGUCAUAACUGUUGUAGACUGAUUUGAUGUGUGAUCAAAUCAUCGCAGGCAUUGUGUUAACAGUAAAUCUUUGUUUAUGCUGGGUUGUGACCAAUCACAAUCAAGUAUUUCACAUCGCUGAGUAAAUAUGUUUUAUCAUCAUUAUGAGUUAUGAACAGGAGAGGAUCAAACCCAAUGCCCAGAGGAACACCUUUAACAGUUACUGAAGUAUAAAGUGGCCAUGUCCUGAAAUCACACACUGAUCUGCUUUUACAAUGGUAUUAUUAAACAUAAGAACAAAAAUGGAGGAGAGGGGGAGGUCUGAACUCAGGCCCGGACUACACAUAUGUAGAUAUUUAUUUAUCAGGAUAUUUUUGUACUCCUGUCUAAAUAAAUGUACCUGUCCACACUUGUUAGUUCUCAAAAAUAUCUGCGUCCACACGUAGUCUUCAAACUCAAUCCUAUCUGGUGCCGCUUAAAAAAAAAUCAAAAACAAAGCUACCUUUUGGCCGAUGAAUCGUACAUGCGUCAUGUUUGCGGAAGCUACGCUAGUGCGUCGGGUCCAUGUGACAGUGUGGCGGCUAUAACAAAGCAGACGCGUCUGUGAGCUGGCUGACUGGUGAAUGUAAUUGUAUAAAACAAGGUUCACUUGCAAGGCUGAAAUUAACCCAAAAAGGGCAAAACAAACGUAAAGAAUACCCUGUAUGUCCGCCAUUGUUGUUGUUGUUUUUCUUUUUAAUUUGCCUGCGCGAGCUGCGGUUUGAUGUCAUCGAUCCGUAAAAGUUCAACUACAUGAAUCCACUUCUACGGAUAUUUUUUUAUUUCUCCACUUUUUUUUUUGAUUCAGAUUUAUCCGGUUUGAGUGCUCCAAACUCCUGUUUUGGUGUGGUACGGAGGCCUAAUCGGACAUAAAUAUGUGCGGUUUGAAAUAUAUCCGCAUUUGUGUAGUUGGGGCCUAAGCUGUGGUUCUAAAACUUCACAACACCUGAGGAGCACUUUUGGACUCAUUUUCGGUUAUUCGAGUUUGUAUUAGAUCAUCAAGACUCAAGCAAAGAGCUCACAGACAAAUCAGACUGUCAAAACUGAAGGAAAAUGUGGCCGAUAGAAACUACAUUUAGAAAGAUGACAAACCACAGUAAACUGAAAAAAACAACCACAUGAUAAAAAAAAACCCAGCAGGAUCAAUUUGAGGGGGCCGGCCAUACUGAGAUCAAUCCAUACUGAUCACAUUUUAGAGUAAACCUUUGUUUUAGUAUUUUAUAGCAGUCUCUUUAUAAAGGGCAGGUAGUAAACCAAUCAGAUUUGUUCUUGGCCCAUUUCAUAUAUUUAAGAACUUACAUGUUCAUUUUAAGUCUGGGGAGACACAAAGUCAGGCUCAUAUCCCACAGAACUAAAGAUGACCUAGUGUGAACAGACAGAGGUGUUUUUGUCUGAGCCUUUUUCUUCGGUCUCAUGUUAUUUAGAUUUGAACCUCUCUCAGUGGAUAAUCCUGCACACAUUAGGUCCAGACCCUGUGUUAGGCCUGGUGAAAGCACGGGAAAGAUCAGGACCUGGUCCUCACACACACUCUGCACUGCAGGUUUAGGGUCUGAUCAUUAAUAAAGCAUCAGCUCUUCUUGUCUUACUCAUCAGUAAUAUAACUGUCCCACUCAGCGUCCCCUACAGGCCUGCAGCACUUUGGUUGUGAAGUCUUGGUUUACAGAGUUAGAUUUGGAGUUCUUUAGUUUUUAAUUUUGUAGACUUUCUUCAAUUUGUAACCUUUGUAUUUGCAGCUUGUUUUCAAGCGAUGCAGUUGUUUUUAGUUUUACAGUACAUUUCUUCAUCACAACUAAUCGUUUCCAGUUACGGCUCUUUUCAGUAGUUUUUAACUUGCCUCAUUUGCAUAUUUGCAGCAUGUUAAUUGUCGAUAAGUUUGUUGCAGCUGUUUUAUUUUUUUGCAACAUAUUUCUUUAUUUGCAGCAUUUCUUUUUUGAAGCUGCUUUUUUAAGUGCUCUUGACUUUGCAUAUUUGUCUAUUUGCAGCCAAUCGCCAAUGAUAGGCCCUUCAGUUGUUCGGAGGUUUUACUGCAAAUGUCUCCAUUUGCAGCUUUUAUCAUUUUCAGUGUUUUUUCUAAUUUUGUGAGUUUUUGAUGCUUUGUGUAUCUACAGCACAUUUGUGUCCAGUGAGGCUAAUGCAGUUGUCUUGGCUUUUUGCAGCAUCUUUAUUUGUAGUGUGUUGCAGUUGCUGCUUUUGCGAUGUGUGAACGUGUUGUUGGAGUUGCAUGGUUUCUGCUUUUGCAGCAAGUCUGCAAAUCAUUCCAGCUGUUGCAGAUCAUCUGCUCGGUUUGACCACUGUAGUUUUUUCUUGCAGACUGAAUCCAGAGAGCAUGAGGAUGAGGAGCAAUGGAUGUAUGUCGGAGCAAAAUGAAUCAUACAGUCAACAAAGUGACAAACACAUUUCAAUCCUGGUUUUAAAUCCUGCUAAGGGAACCUUGAUUAUGAGGGGGGUCAAAAUUGAUCUCAUAGCCACUAAUUCCUAUCGCUGUGUUAAAAUACCCUUCCUGAUAUGCAGACUGUUAAUUUAUUAUUCAUCAUAUUCCUGAAAUGCAGAAUAGUAAUUUGAAAAUUCAGUUUGUCUUGACUUUUGAGACACGUCUGAACUCAAAUGUCAAAGUUCAUCAUCUCAGAUAAUUUUACCUCAGAAAAUCAGAGCCUAGGAAGUUUUUUAAAACCUUUGUUUCCAGUUAAUUUACUUUACCAGAGCAAUAAAACAGUGAUUUUAUUUGAAAAGAACAUUUUGAAAUAGGUGAGCACAGUGUACUUUGCACUGAGACAACAGAGAGAAAUAAGAGAGAAUAAAACCAUGGAACAGUGGAGAAUGUAAUUAAAAUAAUAAUAAUAAAAAUAAAUAAAUAAAUGAAGCAAACAGCUAGAUGACAUCAGAUACUCCAAAAUGCGACAAAAACAAAGAAAGCAAAUUUGAACAACCCAGGAGUCAUCAUUUUUACACCCUCACAGACCGGACUGUGACUGAUUAAUAAUGAUGGUGUAGGUCUUUGGAGGAGCUGUCUGAAUCAUUAUUGUGCAGAAUGUGAAUGCUGUAAGUAUAAUAUUAAAACAAUAUUUUUCAAAAAUGACCACAUCGCAGCUUUGGCUUGUGAUUCCCACCCAACAACAUAAAAGAACAGCGUGAAAACCUACACCUAAAUAGCCCAAAGAAUCAACUCAAUAAACUUUAUAAUAAUAGUUUAUCAUUGUAUUUUUUUCUAUUUGCUUAAUGUGCUAAAAAAAAUUAAAGGAAUAAACAUAAACUAAUUGAUCAGGAAAUUUAACAUUUGAAGCUGGAUUAUCAAAUCAACAAUUCUUUUAAAAAAGGUCCUUCAAGAUCCUGGAUUUGAAACAUAAAAUCAUCCAAUAAAAGAUAAAAACCUGAACAUUUUUCAGACAGUUUAUUGAGCAGCUCCUCGGCAGUGUCAUGUUGAUAAAAAGAAAGUCUUUUUAAAAGGGCUGUCUGUGUCUGUACUAAAGCAGAAAUAUGAUCAUUGAUCUACCUUAUCAUAUAAACAGCCUCCCCAUAAAAACACACUGAUGUGCAAUUAAUGCACUUUUACAUCAGCUGAUCAACGUGAGAGAACUUUUUAUACCAUAGAGUAGUAGAACAUGAAAGUUUUGACUCACUAAUAGUCAUAUAUUGUACCAGAAGCUGUUACAGUUGUGGACCAAAGUAGGGUGACCAUAUUCUGCGUGUGCAACAUUUUGAGGGUUUUUUGGUCGGGUCGAGUGUUUUUUACGUGCUUCUAACUCAGUUACAUGCAUAUUCUGAAUUACCAAAAAGACACUUAAUCAGACCUCUUGGAGAUACUGAAAAAUACUCACACAAAGUUGCAUUUACAACUUAUAUAACAAUUUAUCUAAAGCAUUUCUUCUCGACAAAAUUAUCAGUCAUAAAUCAGUUACAAAUAUUUCUCCCUUUUUCUUUCGCUCACCAGCAGACAGUGUAUGGGUGUGCCUUGUCUGAGCGGAGGAGCAGAGCAGCAGAAAGCGCUGAUGUACUCUUUUACGAUGAAUUAAUACAUGCUCCAGGGUUUGGCGUCUCAGAGUGUGUUUCCACAUGAACCAUUGAACGUGUAUGGUGAAUACAAUGGUCUGGGAUGCGAAGACAAAGCACACACUACACAAACUCAAAACUAUGAAAGUCUAUUUCCACCAGUGAAAAAGAACGGGCUUUCAUACAAAACCCCAGAUUUUAAGGAUUUAUAAACUCCACCCCGUACAGGCCGGAUGGCCCCCUAAAAGAGGACAUGUCAGGGUAAAAGAGAAUGUAUAGUCAACCUACCAAAAGUUUGUUUAGUAUAAAUGAGACUACAAAUAGAUAGAUAGAUAGAUAGAUAGAUAGAUAGAUAGAUAGAUAGAUAGAUAGAUAGAUAGAUAGAUAGAUAGAUAGAUAGAUAGAUAGAUAGAUAGAUAGAUAGAUAGAUAGAUAGAUAGAUAAGACACAAAGAGAGAUGUCAGCAUUUAAGAAGAACAGAUGAGUAGCAUCUGGAUGAAAACACAUGAAUGUUGGUACAUGUGUCAGAAAAAUAGAGUUUAGAUGUAGAGUAUCUUUAUUUGGCUGAUUGAAACAUCCAUCUACUCGUGUUCACUUGCACAUUUUAAGGAGAGUCAGUCAAAAUAACUUCACACGGAGGAUGACAGUUUUAAACUGUGUGUUUAAAAGAGACUCACCAUCCAAUCAUGUGUUUUAUUUUCCUGCUUAAUAUGUAAAUAUUUCAAUUUAUCAGGGAUUCAAAGAAACAUUACAGACAUAGACCUGAGAUUUAACACUGACGCUAUCCUGCACCCAGAGAUAAAAAGACGCUCAGAGGCAGCACUAACCUCUGCUAACUCAGUCUAUUACAGGAACUUUUACUCAUCUUUGACAGUCUUCUGUGCAGCCUAAAGGAUGAGUACAGUCCAGAGAAAGUGGUGAUGCUUUACUUUGAAAAACCCAAAGUCUGUGGCUCCGUGUUACUAUUUGUGUUGGUACAAUGUAAAAUGUACUCAUCAUAUUAUACUUCAUUUAUUUACUUCUACGUUUUAAGUAUAGUUCGAUCAGUUUACAUGAAUUUUAGCUGCCUCAAAGUCUUUUUUUUUCCAGCAAACAGAUUUACAGAAAAUUCAGUUUGAAGUUUUACCAACAAGACAAAGUCAGAUAUACAGGACUUUGAAAAACGAGGAAACACAAACUUCUGUCUGUAGUUUGUCGGCUGAAUAUUCAUGUGAAGGUUUUGACUUUGUUACUCAAACACACACGCGGGAAAAUGUGUCUCAUAAAGACGAUGUGGGUGCGACAGUUUUCACAUCCUCUAAAAUAAAGACGCCGUACAGAUGGAAAAAAAGAAAAGGGACUGAAUAAACCAACACACACAGUGCUCUGAAAAACGUUACACCUCUACAACUCCUUUUAGCAUCCAAAAGAGCUUCAUUAGGUCACCUGGUCGGUCUUAAGUUGAGGCUCAGGUCCGAAAAUGAUCCAGCUUUUUCUGUUCAAACCCCCAGACUUUGGAAAGACCCUCCUGAGGAGAUUCAGUGACCCUCUUUUUAAAAAUGACUUUUUCUUCAGUAAUUUCACAGUUCAACCGUUUUCAUUUUGACUUAAUUGAUUUACUUUAUUUCAAACUUUAUUAACAAGAGCACUCCUGAUCUAUAUCAUCCUCCAUCACUGUUAUUAUUGACUUAUUCAUUCACUCAGUUUUUCACAGCCAUUUGCCUUUUAUCUGUUUUUAUUCUGAUGUGAUUUUACCUUUUUCACUUUUCCUCAUAUCUUUUUCAUUGUCUUUUGAUGCUUUUAUUCUGCUUUGUCUGCCAAACUCUGUGUAACUCUGUUUUUAAAGGAGCUAUAUACAUCAAGUAUUCCUUUUUUUUUUUUUUAAACUACACACUCUUACACACUGGGCAUUAAAACAAAACAAAAGAAAACAAACAAACAGAAAAAAAAAGAAAUCAAAUAAUGUGAACAGCUUUGAAAAUAGAUUGAAAAAAAUCAUACAGGAGAGAAACACCAAGUCAUCUAGUAUAAAGAAAAUAGAAAAUAACAUUGAGACUUGAUGUCAUUUUUAGUUUAUAAACUUUAUUUCUACGUUCAGAUAUCACAGUAAUCAAACACACCGACACACAUACAUACAAACACAUAUACAUAUACACACACAUGUAAAUGAACAUAAAUCCUUAUCAUCAGCUCUGUGUGCAGUCUUUUUAACGGACUGUCUCAGCUAAUGCGAGGCACUCUGCUUUUCUCAAUGUUCUCUGUUUUUCUGCCUUUUUUUUUUGCUUUCUCUGCUCUUUGUCAGGUGACGAUAACUCAUCGAUAAACCAAGUCCAAUGUUUUCUCCUGAACAAACAUUUAAAAAUCUGGACUAAUGCUGUUUGUUCAGACUUUUAAUACACGUUAGUGAGCAGCAGUCUUCCACUAUGAAACUGAUAAAUUGCUGUUUUUAGAUUCUGCAGGAUAGUUUUGUUUUUUAUUUUCUAAUUGUUUUACCAUGAGCGUAAAGAGGUUUUAAAAGCAGAGACCGUUUUGAUGGAGUUUUCAAAGAGGGACCACAGUAAUAAAGAUCCCUCACUGGACUGAGAGCUGAUCCUAAAAUUACUUUUUCUCUUUGAGAGAAAUGAGUUAAAAGCAGCAACAGAGAGAGAGAAUAAAACAAAGAUAGAAAGAGAAUGGGGAAGGGAGUGAGUCUUUAUGAGAGUCAAGGCUUGGAGUGGUUAAUCAGGAGAACCAGGACUUUUCCUAGUGGGCCGGGCUGAUUGUAUGGCCACCAGGACCAGUUAACAAUGACUCAAACAGGCUGCAUUAGUGAAGGGACGGUUUUCCCUUGACAGUAAAUUCCUCCCACAGCCAAACAGUCGGCCAACAUUUACUUACAGGGUUUUAGGUGAAGAGCAAGGUUGAAAAAAAAAAGCGUAGAAAGCGACCCUGGAGCAGCAACAGAGUUAAGUGUAGUCAGUCUGUGAUUAUUUGACGUUAAUCAGACUACUUUUCAAGAGCUGCCUGAGGUCCUUUUCCAAAAUAUUUACAACACCAAGACAAUUUUUCUUCACUUGCUGAUUUUUCUGCAAAUAGAUAUUAAAAAAAAGUGUCACGGGGCAGAGUUUAAGCUCUGUGAACAUUAUUUGAAGUUUCUGAUGAUCAGACUUAAGAAAAUUAGUACCCUGAAAAAGUAUUCUUAUGAUAAUAAUAAUAAUUCAAAUUUAUCAGUAAAAAGUUCAUAACAAAUACAUUUUAAUAUUUCUGAGAGACCUGAAUAAAAGUGAGAAGCAGAGAGAGAGAGAGAGAGAAAUCCUCAGAAGAGGAUGGAUAAUUGAAAUCUGAUCAAACUGAUCUGAACAAACGGAUAAAAAAAAAUUAAAGAAAUAAAGAUUUAGAUUAAGAGAUUUAGUCUUUAUGAGAUAUAAGCUGUGUGUGUGUGUGUGUAUGUUAGAGUGGGUACGUGCGUGCAUGCAGGUGUAUGACUUCCUGUAAAGUUGAGGGUUUUAAUUUUUCGCCGUAAACUGAAACUAAACGAGUUUUUAUGAGACAUACAGAGAAAUGCAGAUUAUCUAUGAAACACUCACACACAUUAAAAAACACACUUCAAACACACACACACACACACACACACAUACAGUGCUGACGGGAACCGGCCACACAUUCCUACUGUAUAUUGUUUUCAGUGGGAAUUUUUCUGAGUUAGUCACCUUAAAAACAAUUCAUCAGAACAUGAGACAAUGAUUGUCCGACUGACAUAUUUAAUCUGAUUUAUUCAGACAUGAAAAGUUUUCACUCCACACCCUCUCUAAUCGUAGCAUUGUUAUUCUUUCAUAAUUGUGUUUGUUUCAUAAAAAACAUAAUCAUCUGGAGAGAAGGAAACCUGAAAUGUAACUCUUUGAUUAUGAAUCUGUUCAGUGAAAAUAGACUGAAAUGCCGCCCCUGCUCACAGUGUUUUUAUUAAUAUUGUUAUUAUUAUUAACAUGAUCCCUGUCUUUUUCUGCAGCCACUCACUGAAAAGUGAAAAGCGCAUUAUUAUACAUGAUGAUAAUAUUUCAUAAUCCUGUGUGCUGAUCUCUGCAUAUGCAGUUUGAAAUUUUCUUUUUCAAGUUUCUGUGUUAACUGAUAAAAAUCUUUAAGCAGAGUGUCACAAGCACUGCUGCGCAGAAACCCAUCAAGUUCCCCCUUUAUUCUUAAAAAAAAAAAAAAAAAACUCAGACUAAAAUGGAGUGGAAUCCGAUCAAAACAACCUUCUUUUUUUAUUAUUUUAUAUUUUAUAUUUUAUGUUUUAGUUUUAGCGUUAAAUAAAAAACCUGUUUGAGUUUUUCCAGUAAUGGCAAAAAUAUCUUUAUGUUUUUUUUUUAUAUGUUUUAUUGACUGACGAUCUGUCAGUUCAGAUUCUAAAAACAUUAUCAGAAAAAAUAUAUUAUUAACUAAAGUAACUUAUCAUCAUCUAAAAACAUAAAUAAUGAGCAGGGUAUUUAAAAACACUUGUUCUCCUGUUAGAAUUUUUAAAACAAUUUGAGACAUUUUUCUUUUUCUUUACAGUUUAAAGCUUAAAGUUAACAGACAAUAAUAAUCAGACAGAGAUAAGAGUUUAAAAAUCAUUUCUAUAAACAUAAAACACAAUUUAUCUGUUUGUGUAUAAAAAUAAAAAUAAGCGUCGGUGAAUAUUAAUGGAUUUACAGUCUGAGGAUCCUGCAGUGUUUAAUUUGUUUAUUUUCCUAAAAGAUUUAUUAAAGGUUUCUCUGCUCAGAUUAAACCGCAUUUAUUUUAAUAAAUUAAUCCAGAAAAUAGAACUUAUCACACACUGUAAAAAUACAGUCCUUCCUCACAGGUCAGGAUUCUCUUAUUUUUGUUAACACUGCUGUAAAAUCAUCAAAAUAUUCUGUGUUUGCAGAAAUUAUAUUUGAGUUUCAUUAAAAUAUCAGUCAGGUCUCUGUGUAUUAUUCCUUAGUGACACAGACAGAUAAUUAAACGUUUGAAGAUUAAACAGUCUUUGUUGAGUUUGGUGCUGCUGAGUUAAAGAGGUGAGGGCUUCAUAGACACCGAAGAUGAAAAUUCACAGUGUCCUCUUUAAAGUUUACACACAUUCAAGUCUGGAAAUUGAUCAGGCUUAAAGCUUUCAGUGAGCGGGGAAGGAGAUAUUAAUAAUCUUUAUAUCAUUAUAUUAUAAUGAUUUAUUAUAGACUGGGAUGACUUUACUUACAUGGUCUCACAACUGUGAUGUUGUGUAGGCAAGUUGUUUUCCAAGCGCUUAAACCUCAGUUUGCUAAAAAUCAAGUUAAUCUUAAUGACUGCCAGGAAAGUUAAGUUGGUUUCCCAGCAAUACUAAUAAUAACUUUAUUAUUAAGACAGAUUUAAAAACACCCACCAACACACAAUAACAGCGUAACAAGAAGAGGAUAGACUGGCACUUUAGUCUCUGCGCAGAUUAAAUGUGUUUAAAAAAAUCACAAAAGAACAAAGAGAGUACUCACACUGUUUAAAUAUGAUUGUUUUUUGCAAUUAAAGAAGGUUUAAACAAGGUUUAAAAUUUUAGCAUAUAUAUAUAUAUAUAUAUAUAUAUAUAUAUAUAUAUAUAUAUACUAAAAAUUUAAACCUUGUUUAAACCUUGUAUAUAGAGCUGCAGACUGAUGCUGUGAAUUUGGUGCCGCCGUGUGAAUACAUCAGAUGUGAAGUGAAACCGGUUUGUGGUGAUGACAGAAACAAAGACAUGAUGCUCAGAAACAAACUGAGACACUCACAGAGUCUCAGAGUCUGAGUCUCUGCCUUGCAGCUACAUCUUUGUUAGGUUAUAGAUGGAUGAUACUCAGUGAGUAGGUGUUUAUGCAGAUCAGUGUCCUGACUCGGUGAGCAGGACAGUCCUGUGAAGGCAGAUGACUGUGAACAAGCUGUGAUGAUGUAAUGACUUUACUCUGGACGGAGGUCAGAUCAUCAAAACCUCCUUACAUGUUCAUAGUCUCUGAUUAAACCUCAGCUCAGAAUCAUCCGCUUUACUUGACAUUUGUAUCAAUCGUUUUUUUUUUUCUUUCUAUUUUAAUAAAGACAGAUUUGCUGAACAGAGAUUCAGAACCCUAGUACAUUUAUUACUAAGUCUGGUGGUUUUGUUUCUCAUUUUUUAUUAUUACUUUAUAUUUAGGUUUUCUGUUAAAUGCCAAAAACAACAAUAACGUGGUAUCAGUGUUAUACAUCAGUCCAAAGUAGAUAUGAUGCUCAGACGUGUCUAAAGUUAGAAUGCAGUAGAUAAAGCACAUUUUAAAUAAAGCAUCUUUUGUAUUUGUUGGAGUAUGAUAGUUUCUACUUCACUGAAAUUUCAUCCAAGUUAAUGACCUUUUCCACUUUUAAUCGCAGGGCUUUUCAUUCUUGUGGCCACAACAACUGACAGUUAACUAACACCCACCACACACCGAACAGGGGCAAAUUUUUUUUUAUUUCGUGUAAUUCUCAGACAGCUCUGCACCACAUGGAGAGUAAAUGUUUAAACAUCAAGAGGAUGUAAUAAAGGAAAAAACAUGCAAACAUUUCAGUGUACCUGAGACUUCUGCUGCACCUCUGCUGUCUGCAUGCUGACACUUAAUGCGGUUGGGCAGAUGCAUGCAGUGAUACACUGAUACCCGUACACUGUGUAACACCAGGCCGACAAAGCACACCACAGCAAUUUACUACAGGAGACAUCAGCCUUACUGCUGCAAAGUAUAUUUACUGACGUAUUAGUCAGACAAAGCUUUUUGAUAUGUAGGGGUGUCCUGAUACAACUUUUUUUUUACUUCCAAUACAAUACCAAUAUUGUAGCCUUCUGUAUUGGCCGAUACCAAUAUUGAUCCAAUAAUGGCACAAACUUGUUCAUGGCAAGUUUUGCACUCAGCUGCAACAUCAUUUUCGACUUAAAUGAAAAAUAUUGCCCCACGGCCGACAUCACUCGUACUCCUUGCUACUUUUUUUGUACCUUAGUACACACUGUUGUUGUGAUUACGUGGGCUCUGCAUGCUGGAUCAAGGCGCUGCUAGAUAGAGGUGCCAGAGCAGAGUCUGUAAUGGACAGCUUGUUAUCUGAGUGCAGAUAUCAAAGAUUCUAGAUACAGGCUGAUAUGAUCUGAUAUUAAUUUUUUUGCUGAUAUUGAACCGAUAUCCGAUAUCAAUAUCGGAUCAGGACACCCCUAUUGACAAGCAGUCAGUGGGAGGAUUUUACCAUUUUUAAUUAUUUAUUAUAACAAAAGGCUUAAUAUCUUGCUUUCCCUGACACACAAACAAUAAAGAGCAGAUCUAAGUUUUUAUGAGGAAAAAUAAAUUAUGUUUCUUAUAAACAGGGAUUUAAACAGAGCAAUUGAAAACUUACUCUAAACAGAGGUUUUUUUAAAAGGAGUUAAGAAUAACCGUUUUGUCAGCACUAAACCCUGAGAUUGUCUAAGGGGCUUCUUUACACAAUCUGCAUCUCAGGUCCUGCCUUGUGUGGUAGAUCCCGGCCUCUGUUGAUCCUGUGUUGAGGGCCUGGUCUUGUGCAGCCAGGAUCAGCGUCUCUGUGCUGUCCAUCAGUCCAGCCUUUUCCAGUCAUUGGUAUGUUCUCCUGAUGUCUGCCACUUCUUCAAUUUGACGGUGGUACAUGCUGUGCAAGGGCUUGUCUUCCCAUGAUAGCCCCUCCGGUUACUCCUCCUUACCGGGCUUCUGUUGCCUGAGGCACUUACUUAGCAGUUUAUCCCUAGUAACCGUCCUCCUGAUGUAAUAAUAAUAGUAAUAAUAAUAAUAAUAAUAAUAAUAAUAAUAAUAAUAAUAAUGCAUACAAUUUUUUAUAGCAAUUCAUCAGAGACCCUCAAAGCGCUACUCCUACUCUUCAUGGCCGGCUGUCUCCUCUUGGAUAGUGUUUUUGAUGCUCACUAGUCCUCGGCCUCCCCCGUUUGGCAGAGUGUACAGCCUCAGGAUGCUGUAUACUAGUUGUGGUACAAAUAGAAAGUCUUACAAUAGAACACUUGUUGUCAUGAAGUUCUGUCUGUCUUGGGUGAGUUAUGCGCAUAUGCGCUGGGCAUGUAUGCAAUGGAAUAGAGGGCCACUUUCAACCACAAUGUUUGCUACAGGGCCUGUGUUAGAGUGAGCAUCGAAACAUACACUACAGGCCAAAAGUUUGUAUAUAUAUAUAUAUAUAUAUAUAAAUAUAUAUAUACAUAUGCAGUAUACACACACACACACACACACACACACACACACACACACACACACACACACACACACACACACACAAUGUCAACAACAUCCUGCCCUCCCUCCCAGCAGUCAGCUCACUGUAACCUUCAGUUUUUUUAAGAGCUAAGUCAUGAUUUACAUCAAUUUGAUCAGCACAGUGAUGGACUGUUUUUGUAUUGUGUUUGUAUGUGUGUGUCUCCUAGAAUCACAACAAAAACCAGGGCUUUCCCUCAAUGGGAACAUAACCACCACCCCUCAACCCAACAACAUCAGUAAGGAAUGUGGCUGUCCCGGUCCUCCCCCAACCUCCUCCACCACCUGUCCCUCCCCUACCCCUUCCUUACCCUCUCUGGGCCUCCUCUCCAUCAGUUGGGUGGAUGACUGUAAGGGUAAGGUAGUCCUGUCCCUUCAUCCCCCCUCCUUCCCUCCCUCCUCCCCUGUCUGUCACAGCAGUCUCCCCCUCAUUCAGAAACUGCUGAGCUCGCCAUGUGAGAGCCAGAGGGGAUGUGAGGGAUCACCAGACUGGGGGUGGAGCCAGAAUAAGCAGGAGGGUUAUGACAUCACAGAAAAUGGAGAGAUGAAGGAGAAGAGCUGUGAGAGUCUGAUGUUACAGUGUACACGUAAGUUAAAAACACACGCAAGCACACUAAAAACACAUAGGGGAGACCUGGCCACUUUUUACACUCUUGUAUAUUUCUUGGUAUAAAUACAUCAUAUACAAACAAAAUGUGUACCAGAUGAAAGACCAAAGUCUCAGAUAUAUAUUUCAUAUUCAUGUCAUUUUCAUAUCUUGUGUCAGUGCAGAGUUAUAAGCAAGCAAAUAAAGAGUGUGAACAUGUGACAAGUUGCCCCACCAUCAGCUAAGUUGUCUAACUACAUGGGGUAAACUGGAUUUUGCAGCUAAUAAAACAAGGACAAAAUUUUUGUUGUUCUCAUUGUUUUACAUGAAAGUGAACAUCAACGUCAGGCACAGAAAAUGUUUAUCAUUGAGCUAGAAAAAGUCAUUAAACAAACGUUAAUAUAAAAUAUAAUGCAACAUGCUCUGGAGUUUGGAGAGCUGUCUGACUCUUUAUUUUGGCUGGGGUGAAUGGUUUGCAGUACCGAGCCAAGGUAUGGUAGUUGACACUAAAGUCCUUUAUUGUAGCCAGAUUGAUUUAUUAGCUAGGGUCACCUGUCUGACUGCCCUCAGCAUCACAUCAGGUACUGCACUGCCAUGUUCUGUUUUUCUUUUGAAAUUCUUGACCAUGUCUUCUCGCUUUCUCCUCUCCUUGCCAGCGGCAUGGCACUGACGAGCUGCAAGUCAGGUCUAACAAGUCAAUAAUAAUAAUAAUAUUAAUAAUACAUUUUAUUUAUAACAUUUUUAUUUAUAGGCGCCUUUCUAAGCACCAUAGGUCACUUUAAAAAAGUAAGAACAGCAGCAUAAAACAACAAGAUAAAAAGCAAUAGAGUUAAAAAAUAUGACGGCCGAUGAGGUGUGCCCAAGCACACUUUGAUGAGUGGCUUGGCGUAUCUCGGUACACCUCAGUCUAUGAAAUUUGCAAACUGGCUGUGCGCCGGGCUGCACUGCACUAAAAUAACACUGUGCAGAGCGCGCCACCCUGUGCUGUCCCGCUGGCAGAUGACUUAAACUUCAGUCUAAAUAAAGUUUUUAAUUCAAUCCAAAAAAAGAGUUUACUGAAAUGUUUUAAAAACUGUGAGUCAAUACAUUUUUACGGAUAGUAACACCACAUCAUGAAAAAUUAUUCCAGAAAAUUUUGAUGUUUAAUGUUUUAAUGUUUAACAUUUACAAUACGUGGGCGUGUGUGUGUGUGUGUGUGUGUGUGUGUGUGUGCGUGUGCGCGCGCGCGCAUGUGUAGCUCAGACAGAUGAGCAGGCUGAGCUUCAGGCCUACAAAGUGGUGACAGCUCUGCUAUGCUGUGUGCUGAUUGUCCUGCUCUUGAUCCGCUUCACCAGACCAACAAUCAAAGCCCUGCAGAGCCGACGUAAGGACUCGCACACACACACACACACACACACACACACACACACACACACACACACACACACACACACACACACACACACACACAGGUUUACAGUCAGUCUGUACUUCCUGACCUGGAUAUCAGCUAGUUUCAGAUUAAGACUCCUCAGAUUAAAGAUUAUUGGACAGAAUAAAUCAUCCAUUAUUAAAUCAAAUCUUUAAGAAGCAUCAGGAGUCCAUCACAGCUGGGGGUCUGGCCCCCCCACUGUCAGCCUGAAGGGGGCAGGUUAUAGGUCAUCUACUGCUGGUUUCUGUCAGUGAUCUGCCACCGACUUAAAACCAGUUUAGUCAGAUUUAAAUUCGAUAUUAUUCAUCACAAACAUUUGUCCUGUUUCUGCUGUUAAAAUGGACACAUUAACAUGGGGCUCUAUGGGGACUGACUCACUGCAGGGAACAGCCUCUAGUGGACACUCAGCGUACAGCAGUUUUCCAGGACUUCAUUUCUCAGCCUUGCUCUAAUUUUGCCCUCACUUUGCUGUAAAAAUUACGAGACUUAACUUCAGAAUAUUUUGUGCUGUCAUCUAAAUUUUUUUAAUUGUCUAAAAACCUCACCAGCAUCACUUUCUCUAACAAGAGCAAAAGUACAGACAGCUACAAAACAAAGUGUGAUGACCAAGGCUGUUGACAUGCUUGUUUCUGCUGUGAAGUUGGAUGUUUUAACAAAAGGCUGUAGAACUUUAGUGUUUUGCUUAUUAAUAAACAUUUGAGGAUUUUGCUUUUGUCAAACUUCAACAUGAUAACUAAUAAUUCAUAUGCAUGUCAUUCCACCUCUCUCUUUUCAUGAUGACUUUCUCUUUAUUUUGUUCAGUUUCUGACCGGAGACAAAAUCGCUGGGUUGGACCAACACAGAGUCAUAGUGGUAAGACACACACAUACACACACACACACACACAUUGAAUAAACUCACAUUCAUAUUUUGUGUUUCUUUUUCAGUGUCGUACCAUCGAGGAAAAGGAGUUGUUCAAAACCAAGACAGAGAGAAGAGGCUGUCGUACCCCGGUAACUCCAUUUCGUAUAUACACAAGCACACAGACUGACAUUGCAUGUAAUUUUUACCUCACAAAUGAGGCAGCUGAAAAAAGGGAUAUAAUGAUACCACUGUCAUGAAAACAUGCAAAUAAAAUGAAACAAAUUUUCAAUUUUCUUAAAAUAAGAAAAUGUCUUUUUCAAGAGUCUUGGCGGAUAAACCUUCAUAAUUUAUAGGUAGUUAUUAUUUCACUUCUCAAGUGACUCAUCAAGUGACUUUUCUUGACUUGUUACAAAAAUAGGGUUUAAAUGAGGCCUUUGAAGACAUUUUUAACUAAAAAAAUUACAAACACACUGACUGACUGAAACUGAGGUUUUCCAGUAUGAUUACUAUGGGGUGCAGUUUGUAAAGCAGCCCAUUAUAAAAACAACAGCAAGAUUUGGUCACAUUUAGCAAAACAACAGCAAGAUUUAGUCACAUUUAGCUUCAAACAGCAUUUAAAAAAGUGAUGUGAAUUUUCGGCAGUCAUUUUUUUGCGCAUUUACAACAACAUUUAAGUACUAAAACUAAAUGUUAAAUGUUAAAUCUAAAUGUUAAAUCUAAAUCUAAAUGUUAAAUCUAAAUCUAAAUGUUAAAUCUUAAUCUAAAUGUUAAAUCUAAACCUAAAUGUUAAAUCUAAAUCUAAAUGUUAAAUCUAAAUGUUAAAUCUAAAUGUGUUGGGCGAAACUAAAUAUUUAGCUAAUAUGCAAAUUCACGGUCGGAAACCGGAAGUGCCAAAAUAAAAGCUCCAGAAGGUCAUAUUGAUGAUUCUUGUGUCGAAGAAAACGAAUUAAAACCAAUUUAAGGGGGGAACAAAUACUUGGGGUGACGUUUCGUGUUAAUAACUACCUACAAUAGCGACAGCAACAACAAAAACUUUAUUAGAAAGUCUCGAGUUUUCAGUGUCGCUUCUCCGUAUGGCGCGGACACUGUACGAAUCAUAGACUGUAUAUAAGAUACAUAUAUAUAGUCUAUACAUAUAUACUUAUAUACAGUGUAUGGUUUCGAACCCCGGCUUCCUGCGUCCCAGUCGUCCGCGUUACCCGUAUGGCCAAAGCACUUCAUGAAUAUAUAAGGUGCCAUGGAGUAGUAUGACGUGUGCGCCUGCAUGUGUGUGUGCGUGUGUUCGUACAGUGUCCGCGCCAUACGGAGAAGCGACACUGAAAACUCGAGUCUUUCUAAUAAAGUUUUUGUUGUUGCUGUCGCUAUUGUAGGUAGUUAUUAACACGAAACGUCACCCCAAGUAUUUGUUCCCCCCUUAAAUUGGUUUUAAUUCGUUUUCUUCGACACAAGAAUCAUCAAUAUGACCUUCUGGAGCUUUUAUUUUGGCACUUCCGGUUUGGACCGUGAAUUUGCAUAUUAGCUAAAUAUUUAGUUUCGCCCAACACAUUUAGAUUUAACAUUUAGAUUUAACAUUUAGAUUUAGAUUUAACAUUUAGAUUUAGAUUUAGAUUUAACAUUUAGAUUUAGAUUUAACAUUUAGAUUUAACAUUUAACAUUUAGUUUUAGUAUUUAAAUGUUGUUGUAAAUGCGCAAAAAAAUGACUGCCGAAAAUUCACAUCACUUUUUUAAAUGCUGUUUGAAGCUAAAUGUGACUAAAUCUUGCUGUUGUUUUGCUAAAUGUGACCAAAUCUUGCUGUUGUUUUUACAAUGGGCUGCUUUACAAACGGCACCCCAUAGAUUACAUGGUAAUGUUUGAAUCUAAAAGUUAUCAUGUUAUCACUGACAGUCCUAAAGUUAAACAAAUAUUGUUCCUGUUUUUAUUAUCAGCUCUGGAGCGUCUGACCGUCAACGACAGCAGAGAGCCUUCAUCCAACAGGAACAGUGACUAUAACUACUGAGCAUCACCAUCAUCAUCAAAACCUUUGUGAAGACAUGUUUUUAUUUGUAGAUAUUUCUGGAUAAAACUUUUGUGCAGGAUGAGGAUAAAAACUAAUAAUAAAACAUUUAAAGGAUCAUGUAAAAGUAACAGAUCUUCGAUUUCUCCCUCUGCUUGGACAUAUAGUUAAUAUCACUAUUACUCUGUAAGAAUGACUAUGAACUCCAGUUAUCUUUGCUCUGUUUUGAUGUUCACAAAAAUAUCCUUUUCUAAUCUGAGAGAAGCUGUACAAACCUAUGACAUUGCAAUAAAACAUGCUUUUACCAAAGAAA